AUGGAGCUCCAGUCGUUUAAUAUCACUUCAGAUUGCAAUUUCAACGAAACAUGCAGCAUACUCUAUCGGCGAAGACCUGCUUUUAACUAUUUGGGCGCAUUCGUUACAAUAGUUUUGUGUUUCACAGCAGUUCUGGGUAACCUCGCAGUUGUAUUUGCUUCACUUUGGAACCAAGUGCUCCGACGCCAGCUUAGCAACGUCCUUUUAGUGUAUCUUGCAGUGAUUGAUGUAGCAACUGGACUCUUCAUCAUGCUACCGUCUGCUAUAUCGGUUGCCCUCGACUAUUGGCCUCUUGGAGAUAUCAGCUGCAGAUUCCACGCAGGGCUAGCCUACAUGUUUGCAUGCAUUUCAUCAUUCGACCUCGCCUUCAUCAGUUUGGAUCGGGCAUUAGCUGUGAUGAUACCUCUGCAAUACCCAACAUUUAUGACUGCAAAGAUAAUGGUAUGGAUGUGCACAUACCUUUUCAUCUUAGGAUUUACCUUGGCUACUUUUACAGUUGUUUUUGAUUGGACCACUUAUGAUUAUGCUGAAGGUAUUUGUGCGUUCGACUGGAUGCACGAAGAAGUCCCAAAAAUUGCAACGUGUUCUGCUUUUUUCUGCUUUUACUUCCCGGGUUCAAUAAUGGGGAUUUGCAAUUCGCUGAUUAUUUUUACAGCUUAUAAGUCGAAACAACGCACACUGUUUGUAAGACGUAACCACGCGGAAGAGACAAGAGCAACUUCAAAAGAUUCUAGCACGAACAAAACUAUACUAAGCGUUCUUAUUAUUACUCUUAUUUAUUUUUUGUGCAACACUCCUUACGCAUUAUCGAAGCAACUUAAAGCUGCAGCUGGAUUAAAAAUUCCCCAUUGGUUUAGUUACAUCACAACAAUAUUGAUUUUCUGCUCGUCUGCAACAAAUCCUUUUAUUUACGGUAUACUGAGAAAAGAUUACAGAAACGCAUUUAAGAAAAUUCCAAAAAUUUUAUCUCAGAAGUUGUUUGGUAACUAUUAA